UUAGUGGCCAGUUGCAAGCGGGACACAAAUUUAAAAAUUUUGAUUCAAAAAAUAAAAAAUUUUAAAUUUAUGUGCAAUAUUUUGUGCAAAUAAUUUUGCGGCGCAGUUAAUUUUAGAAAAUCAAAUAAAACCUGAAAAAUUUCAAAAAUAAUUGCCAAUUCAAAAAAGUGCAUAAUGCAAUAAUUUUCGAUUUUGGCACAGCGAAUUACUGGGAAAAUUGUGUGUGGGCGUGUUUUUAUUCUGCGCCAAAGAAAACAAAAAUCUAAAGUCAAAAGUACAUACAUACAUACAUACAUAUCUAAAGAUUAGCUGCAUUUAUUUAUUAAGCAACAAGUGCCUUUGCAGCCGAAAAUUAAAAAAAAAAAAAAUUAAGUAUUUGCGAAAACAAAAGCAACUAUUUAAAGCGGAAACGAUGUCCAGUGCAGCGCAUAUCCUGGCAUUGCUCUUGGCAUUGGCAUUAGGCUGCACAGCAGUCGAGGCUUUGCUGAAAUGUUGGCGCUGUUCAACUGAUGUCUCCAAUGGUGCCUUCUGCGAUGAUCCCUUCGAUCCAGAAUUUAUUUCCGAUCAACAACGCUACUGGAGCUACGUGAAUUGUUCAUAUUCGGCGGGUUAUAAGUCGGUGAAUGCUCGGCCCGUUUGCAAGAAGCUGGUACAGGAAGGUGAGUAUGUCGAAAAAUAUUAAAGAAAAUUUGAAUCAG